AACUCAACGACAACCUUGCGUAGCUUCGCGGAAAAUAAAAAUGUUUUGUACAGUUUGUCCCUUUCCAACUUUUGAACACUAAAAAUCUCAGCUACAUACACAUAUAUACCUAUGUAUACACUAUAUUUGUUUGCACAAGUACAAUAUAGACUUUUAAACUAGACCUUAGUCCCUUGGUAAAUUUAUUAUACAAUCCAAUUUAGAAUAGAUGAGGGACAAGCAACUUAGUGAUGAUGGAGAGGGAGAAGAAUCGACAGAAUUUUGCUGGUGGCGCUCGUGCGCCACGGCCGAAGAGAUAAGCAACUUGAAGGUUAAUGAUGUCUCCGAUGUGGGGUGUUUGACUCCAAGGCUCAAGGUGAUGAGGGAAUUGGAGAGGUUAUCCAUGGUAGCAUCGGAGGGGUUAGAUGAUCUUCGACAUAGGCUCGUAGCAUAUCGGUCUGGCGAUCUGUGGGUCCCUAUGGGUGGAAUUAAGAAGGAAGAGAUGGACAUUCCACCAAUGAUCACCAUUCUCUUGGUGGGUUUUGGUGGUGGUGGCAAAAGUUCACUGGUCAACCUUAUGUAUAGUGUUCUUGGAAGGGCAGGUAUCAUUCCCUUUGCUCAGACAUCAGGAAGCUCAGUAGCCUCAGAAUCCACAACAAUGUUGUUGGAAGAGCACAAUGUUUUGAGAUCAAUGAGAGCAGGGUUCUGUGUGUAUGAUUCAAGGGGGUUUAACUAUAAUGAUCGUACAAAUGAGAGCCUCAACGAACUGUCUCAGUGGACUGGUGAAGGAGUUCAACACAAUCAACCUUGCUGCAGAGCAAUGGAUGAAUCUCGUAUCGAAACCAUUGGAUCAACAUCAAGAAGGUUUGCUAGGAGACAAGUCAACUGUGCAAUGGUGGUUGCUAAUAUGGCUGAUGUCUAUAAGAGUUUAAAGGAUGGUGAUUCUAAACAUUUGGAGGCAACCAGAGAUGUGUUUGGCUUUCCCGGAUUGAAAAGAGGCAAUCAGAACCCAAUUUUAGUAUUGACCCAUGGGGACAAACUAUCAGCAGAGGAAAGAAUCGACGCACGCCUGAAAAUUUGCCAAUUUUUGGGAAUAUCUGAAACAAGUGGAGUUUAUGACAUUGUUUGUCUUACUGAGUGUGGAGUCGUAGCUGAAGAAUGCGAUCCAGUUACUGCAUAUGCCCUCACUGAGGCUGUUUACAGGGCACUGCUCGUCGCCGACAUGAGUCAUCUUCCUAAGAAGCAUUUCAAAGAUAGAGCAAUCUUUGCGGUUUCAUGGUUUUUAUGCUUGAUUGGUGCCUUCUUUGCUUUCCUUGCUCGCCUUUUCUCCGGUCCUAACCAAAGGCACCGCAAAUUCAAAUCGUCUUAGAGAGGAAGGGGAUUGAAUGGAUUUACGUUAUGUUUGUUUGUUUGUUUGUUUGUUUGAGUUUCUGAGUUGAUGAAAACCUUUAUUUGUAUCUUUCAAGUUUGUUAAGGUAUGAAGCAAUCACCUUAAGGAGGUUUAAUUUGUAA